AGGAAGUCAUGCUGGCUGAAGAGAACAAAAAUGCUGGGACCUCAGCCUUAGAAGUGCUCAGGCGAGCCACCAUCAAAAGGAACCGGACGGAUGCCAUGAACCGCGACUCAAGCGACGAGCACUGCGUCGAUAUCUCCUCCGUGGGCGAGCGGAGGCUGGCACAAAGAAGACCUCUUCAUCCAACCUUGGGUAACCCCUUGAGUCACUCUGGCCUCAAAGGUGCCAGAGUUGAUGGUGCCUCCUACUUACGGCACAAGGAGCGACUCCUGCGCAUCUCUGUUCGCCACAUGGUGAAAUCCCAGGUCUUCUACUGGAUUGUCUUGAGCCUGGUGGCUCUCAACACUGCCUGCGUGGCCAUCGUCCAUCACAACCAGCCAGCCUGGCUCACCCACUUCCUCUACUAUGCAGAGUUCCUGUUUCUUGGACUCUUCCUCCUGGAGAUGUCCUUAAAGAUGUACGGGAUGGGGCCACGCCUUUACUUCCAUUCUUCCUUCAACUGCUUCGACUGUGGGGUCACAGUGGGAAGCAUCUUCGAAGUGGUUUGGGCUAUCUUCAGACCAGGAACCUCUUUUGGGAUCAGUGUCCUACGAGCCCUUCGUCUUCUGCGAAUAUUUAAAAUAACCAAGUACUGGGCAUCCCUGAGGAAUUUGGUGGUCUCGCUGAUGAGCUCCAUGAAGUCUAUUAUCAGUCUGCUCUUCCUCCUCUUCCUCUUCAUUGUAGUCUUUGCUCUGCUGGGAAUGCAGCUGUUUGGAGGCAGGUUUAACUUCAUCGAUGGGACACCAUCGGCCAACUUUGACACUUUCCCCGCGGCCAUCAUGACGGUGUUCCAGAUCCUGACGGGUGAGGACUGGAACGAGGUGAUGUACAACGGCAUCCGCUCCCAGGGAGGCGUUCGCUCAGGCAUGUGGUCCUCCAUCUAUUUCAUCGUCCUCACCUUGUUUGGAAACUAUACUCUGCUGAAUGUGUUCUUAGCUAUUGCGGUGGACAACCUGGCCAAUGCUCAGGAGCUCACCAAGGAUGAGCAGGAGGAAGAGGAGGCCUUUAACCAGAAGCACGCCCUUCAGAAAGCCAAAGAAGUCAGCCCCAUGUCUGCCCCAAACAUGCCUGCUAUCGA